AUGCCUUGGUCGCUCACUAAAACAUAGCAACCAGUAAACGCGGCAAAAGAAAUCGUUUCUUAUUUUAUAACUCGAGAAAUUCAUCUAGCACCGUCUAGCCUAAUCCAUGCACUAGAAGAUGAGAGCUUCGUCAUCACUCUAUCGUUCAUUUUACAAGCACAAGGACCUAGAGACUCUGCCACACAGCUGUCAGCUUGUCUUCGCCGUGGAAUAGAUAAAUAUACGGCACUUCGAAUUUAGUUGUUUGGCACAACUUCGCUUUACCGUCGCCCUUGAGAUAACAGAUCUUGUGAAACUAGACGUAAAGAUAGCGAAAUGUAUUUCUAACACCAAAUGGGUGGCUGUGCAUCGCAAGUUGUACCAGAAGAGGUUGCUGGGCAACAGCCACGAAAACGCGUUUGGUGUGUUUGCUGCACCGUCCGAAAAGAGAACUCCUCCGUUAAGUUGUUGAACAACUCAAAUGGAAGUGCCUCUGAAAUGACAAAACCAACAAUAGACGAAAUGAAGAAUUGGAAACACGAUUUCCAUGCGUUGCUAAGCAGCAAGUACGGCGUUAAUCAAUUCCAAGAAUUUCUCCGCUCACAGUAUGGCGAGGAAAACCUUUGUUUCUGGCUGGCCGUGGAAGACUACAGACGACUAGAGGACAGGGAGAGUCGACGAGAUAUGGCUAGGAUGAUCUAUGAAGAUUACGUGUCAACGCUGUCGCCAACAGAGAUAAGUCUGGACGCCAAGAUCCGCGCCACUGUGGACAAAAGUAUGUCUGAUCCGGACCAGAACACUUUCGACCCUGCACAAGACCACAUCUACACGCUCAUGUACCACGACUGCUUCCCUCGAUUCAUCAAGUCGAAACAUUACAAAAACCUCAUCAAGUCCUCAUAGGCGCUUUAUGUAGACAUAGUGUACAGCUUUUGCUCGGGCCGUAGCAAGUGGGGUGCGUGGGAGACUGCUUUGUCGUGAUACGGAUUGUUGAGUGCUGUCGACAGCGAGGACUUAUGUUAGCGUAUUGCAAUUGUGGCAAACACUACAUCAGUGUCGUAGAACUGGUGUCGACCUCAUGGUGGUGCUCGUUUUGCAACCCAAUAGAAACAAUAUGUUGUUGUUUACAUCCAUUGUUAUCGGUUAAGGUGGCACAAGGACGAAUUGCCAGAAUGAGUUGCGCGGAAAAAGACUAGGACGAGAGAUGGUCAGGUGUAGAAUUGAAGGAAAACUCUGGUUUGUUAUGUCCUAGAGAUGGUGCGCAAUGUGAUGUAACCAGAGCGGAACAUAUUAACCUCUCAAUGGAACCUCGGCUUGUUAAACUGGUCCACUUUUAUACGGAGAAGCAGAAACAAAUUAAAAGAUCUACAGUCAUCAAAAAUUGCAUGUCAAUGUAGCUACGAAAACGGGGAUAUUUUAGUUGGGUGUUGGUGAGUUUUAUAUCAAAAUAAUGUAUAUAACUGCGGUAAUUGAACAUAUGAAUCAUAUACGAGAGAAAGUAGACAGAAGCAGUUAGAGAUAUAUAUAUAGUAGAUUACGUAGUUUAGUCUUAACAUUUUGCUGAGGAAAACCCCAUUUUACACAGCCUUUAUACAAAUUGUCCUCAAAAAUUAUGUACAUAUGUGGUUAAUGUUUUACCGAAGUAAUAGGGGUUCGGGACGGGGCUAAUUUAUUACAAAAUUGAUUUUGAAUUGGCUAAAAGUUACCAUAGUUGUAUAGUGAUAAAUAGAUAAUUGUUUAUAGAUACAUAUCAUUCCUUCAUUUCAAGAAAUUAACGAUGGGAACAAAAAAAUUAGUAGAGAAGAUUUUUCCAGUUCAGUUUUUCAUCGCGAACCAAAUCCGUAACUGCUGAACCGCUUUCUGGCUCCCGUCGAUCAGACAGAAGCUGACAGGCAUUUUAGGCAUUUUGUCGAUUGGGAUCCGUAAGCGCAAGUUCGUCUGGUGCACAUUAGCAAAA